AUGUUUAUUCAUAAUAAAGAACUAUAUGGUUGUUCUUUAAAAUAAUAAGAAUAAGAAACUAUUAUAGCAUUGACAACAUAUGGAGAGGGCAGCUAAGAAUUAUUAGGUAUAAUAAAUAUAAAUAAAAGUAUUAUCCAACAAAGAUGAUGAUUUAUAGAAAAGAUUUUAAACCAAUCUUGAUUCUUAAUUCGUAAUUCAAAUAAUGUUGAUUAAUGAUUUAAUAGUUAUUGCUGGGGAAAACUUGCAAAUAUUCAAAUAUUCUAAGAGUAAAAUAGAUCAUUUUGCAAAUUUUCAAUCAAAUGAAGUGAUUUCUUGUUUUGACAAUUUUGAUAAUUAAAAGAUUAUAUCUGGUUCGAUUAAUUCAAUUCUGACAAUAUGGGACAUAAACACUUAAAAACCUCUUUUUUAAACAUAAGUCUUUCAAAAUCAAGAUAUCUUUGAUUUAAGUCUUAGUGCAGAUGGUAAUGUAGGAUCCUUGAUUACAAAUAAGAGUGGAUUAUUUCGAUUUGAUGUAAGACUUAAUUAAAUAUUUCCAUUCUAAACAAGAUAAUCAUUAAAAUAUAGCAAAAUCAAUUAUAAUAAAUUUGACAAUUCUUAUGUGAUGGCUAUUGAUCAAGAGAAUGGUAUAAUUGACUUAUAUGAUACAAGAUAAACACAAUAAACUUGUCAAAGAAUUAGAUGUUAAGACAUUAUAUCUAAUGCUGAUUGGUUAAUCAAUUCACUAAUUAUUUCAGCUUGUCAAGAAGGUAAUGUUGAAAUCAUAGAAAUGGAUUCUCAUCUAAAAUAAUAUUAAAUUCGUAAAGAAUACUCCAUAGAUAAUAUGUAAAUAUAUGACAACAUAGUUGGUUUAAUAUCUGCCAAUCAUUUUGGAUUAGUUC